AAAGACGGGGAGGAGGUGUUGCACUUUCCAGAGGGGUUUAAUUUUAGGGCUCGGGGUUAAUUGUUUAAAAUCUCCGAGGUACUGGGGUGGAUAUAUUACCCACUUUACGAGAAGAGACUAGAGUGCGCUCGGAGGCGUGUUUCUAGUGUAAGUGGGUACGCGUCUUUGAUGCUGGCUUAAGGGGACCUAAACCAUUCUUUUAAAAAAACUUCAUGGUGCCGCCUCGCUCUCUUUGAAAGGCAUUUUCAGAGAGGUGGAACGCCUAGAUUCUAGAUUGAUCCAAACUCUGCCACUGACUUGCUGUGUGCCCUUGGGCCCCUCUCCGAGUCCCAGUGUCUUCAUCUAUAGAUGGAAGAGUAGACAAAGUCUCUUAAGUCACCUCUUAGUUCUGAAUGUUGUUCCAUGCCCGAGCCACAAAGGCUUGGGGGUUAAAUAUCGUUGGCCCCUUUUUAUAAGGAGGACAUUGAGUCCCAGGUUUGACGACUUCCUCAAGAUUGCACAGAAAACUUUGAGAUUUCAGAUAUUGAGACUAGAAGAUUGUGCUUGUAACACUGCUCCAGGUGUUUCUUCUGCUUUACUUGACUGGGGACUCUGAAACCAGUUCUGUUGUCUUCAACUUAAUCAGACAGCAUGGAGGCACCUCCGGUCACCAUGAUGCCUGUCACUGGAGGCACUAUUAAUAUGAUGGAGUACCUGCUGCAGGGAAGUGUUCUAGAUCACAGUUUGGAAAGCCUUAUCCACCGCCUUCGUGGUUUGUGCGACAAUAUGGAACCCGAGACUUUCCUUGACCAUGAGAUGGUAUUCCUCCUUAAGGGCCAGCAGGCUAGUCCAUUUGUUCUCAGGGCCCGGCGUUCUAUGGAUAGGGGAGGAGCACCCUGGCAUCUGCGCUACCUGGGACAGCCAGAAAUGGGAGACAAGAACCGCCAUGCCCUGGUGCGCAAUUGUGUAGACAUUGCAACAUCUGAGAACCUCACUGACUUCUUGAUGGAAAUGGGCUUCCGCAUGGACCAUGAGUUUGUCGCCAAGGGUCACUUGUUCCGUAAGGGUAUCAUGAAGAUUAUGGUGUACAAGAUCUUCCGCAUCCUGGUGCCAGGAAACACAGACAGCACCGAGGCCUUAUCACUUUCCUAUCUUGUGGAACUAAGUGUUGUUGCCCCAGCUGGUCAGGACAUGGUCUCUGAUGACAUGAGGAACUUUGCCGAGCAGCUGAAACCUCUGGUUCACCUAGAGAAAAUAGACCCCAAGAGGCUCAUGUGACUAAGACAGUCUCUCUGCCACUGGGGCCUGACCUCACCUGUUACAAAAAAGAAGAUGUUAUAAAGGCUCCAUUUCACCACUGCCAGCCGGGCAUUCUUCCCCCAGAAAGGAGGACAAUAAGGACUUCAUUGGUUCUGUACAGUUUUCCUCAUGUCGCAAGUUCACCUCUGUGACAGGCUUUCCAAAUGAAAGACUUAGGAUAACAAGACUCUAUCCAGUCCUUCUGUAUAAGGAAGGGAAACUGGAAUAAAUUAGCUUUUAGAAAGGAAAAUCUUUUACUUGUUUUGCUGUUUGUGUAUAAGACUGCGAGCUUGUACUGUGUGGUAAUAAAAGCUAUGAAGAGAAACA